AUGGAGAAGGAAGCUGCCAGGAGGUCCCUCGGCCGCAGCAAGAUGCUCCUGCACUCCCGGCACCGCCACGUCAAGACCGAGCGCCGCCUUAGGUGGCAGCGCGUGGGCACCAAGACCAAGCUCCGCCCCCGCGACGGGCUCCAAAUUAACCGAUGGAACUCCAAGAAGGAUUGGCCGGUGCUGCCGGCUGUCGUCAAGUUCGAUCCCACGGAUCAGGAGCUGAUCGAGCACCUUGAGGCCAAAGUGAGUGCUAACAGCGCGAGAUCUCACCCUCUCAUCGAUUUGUUCAUACCAACCAUCGACAGCGAGCACGGCAUAUGCUACACCCAUCCUGAGAAACUUCCAGGUAUCACACUGAGUGGCCUAAGCAAGCAUUUCUUCCAGCGCAAUUCCAGGGCGUUCAAAAGGGGCACGUGGACGCGUCGCAAGAUACAGUUGGAGUGUGGCAUGCAGGCAAUGUGGCACAAGACCGGCAAUACCUUGCCGGUGAUGGUCAAUGGCCGGCAGACGGGCAGCAAAAAGGUUCUGGUGCUGCACACCAACAAGAACUUCGACCAUUCCUGCAAAAAAAAGAACUUCGACCAGCAUAGGACCAACUGGGUGAUGCACCAGUACCACCUCGGGGACCUGGAGCAAGAGAAGGAGCGGGAGCUGGUCCUCUGCAAGAUUUUCUAC